AUGCCUAUUGAAGCUGCUGCAGAGGCAUCCGAGCGUCUCCUUUCAACCUCUGACCGCUCGAGUGAUGAAGACGCCAGGACCGAAGCGCAACCCUUGAGGGAGCGCAGCGGCACUCAUACAGGACGCCAAAAGAUGCGCAGACCAUUGGCAAGCCGGUUCAGGCCUUGCGCACUGGCGACGGGCGCGCUUCUCCUCGCUUACUCUCUCCUCGCCUUGAGGCGGUCCUUCUCUCCAUCUCCAGCUCACCUAUCCCGAUCCGCAGAAGCAGCGUCAUACUGGCGCAAUGAGCUGGCAGAAAACGAAGCGGCACAAGCGGAACUCGAACUGCGCUUCGAGGAAAGACAGGCCCGCCGACUUUCUGCUCUCUCCCGCGCAAACUCAGUUGGCCUGGAGCGCAAUGACCGCUCGCUUGGCUCUGGCACUCCCGUUGUGCUAAAUUGGCCUGCGCCGCCCUACUUCUGGGCGAGAUACUUUGGCACGGGGAAGGGAGAACGGAUUGAUGUCGAGGGCUGCGCCAUCGAAUGCAGGCUGGUCUCGGGGCCGCUGAACGGCUCGUUACGGGCGAACGCGCAUGUAUUCAUCGAGUACAACACCUGGCGGGGGCAUAUCGAAGGUCUCCCGGAGGAAGGCCCGCGAUCGUUGGCACACUACCAGAAGACGGCUCUUCACUCGCUCGAGCCCAACUCUGCCCUAGUCGAGCAUUCUGAUCAGCUCAAGCUCUUCGACAUUUUCUCCCACUUUUCGGCGUUCGCCGACAUUCGCUUAGAAACCUAUCCGCGCAUACUGUGCGAUGGUCUCCCGAGCGGAGCCUGUAUCGGAAUUGCAGAGCUGGAGGACGCAGGGGUUGCUGACCGUUGGUUCGGCGUCGAGCGUAACAAGAGCCCGUUCUUCGACGACGAGCUUGCGAAACAGGCUCCGCUUCCGGCCGGCGGCGUCCGCUUGGCGACCUUCAUCUCGAACUGCGGCGGGGGAACACGUAAUCGCCUCAUUGCCGAGCUCACGAAGGAGGGCAUCAUCUUCGACCACUACGGCAAGUGCAAGGAAGACGUGUUUGGGGGUAAGAAGCAGAACUACUCGAGCAUCGUCGCCGAGCUGGUGCGGGGGCACGGCUGGCAAGCGAAGAUGAAGAUCCUUGCACUCUACGACUUUGUCCUCGUUGCAGAGAACACCGUGCUGUCCGACUACAUCUCGGAGAAGACGACUCAAGGUCUCCUCGCCGGCGGCAUUCCUAUUGUCCUCGGCGCGCCCAACCUCGUCGACGAAAUCCAGGGCAACUCGCGCGAUCCGGUGUUCAUCGACGCAACGCAGUACUCGCCCGCCGAACUCGCCGACAUGCUUAAGGAGCUCGCGGCGCGACCAGACCUGCGCGUACCGUAUCGCUCGUGGGUCAAGCAGCUCCCGCACCACCCGAUCGUCGAGUACGCUCGCCGAGCGAGGGAGCACGACUUCACGACGCGCAACAUGAUGACGCCGAUGUGCAGCCUGUGCGAACAUUACCACGAGUUUUACGACUGGAGCGGGGAGGCUCCGCUCUCCUUUCCUUCGGUAUACCCUCCCUGA